UGCACGCUAUAUCUAGUGUGGGUACAAUAACAGCUAGGCAGCUUUAUUUAUUUUCGGCUUGCAAGACUGUGCCCCCCUUCCCGUCCUGUAAGACGAAAGUGAUCUACGGUCUUUCAGGUCAUUUUCCGGUCUGCAAGGUGAGGAAAUACCAUGCAGCUAAGUUAGGGAAAGGUGUGGCAGCAUGCUUGGCCUGUCGGAUUUUGGUCAUCUGUUAUUUUUUAUUAUGAUUGUUUUCUUUCCGUUUUGGGUCCAUCGAAGCGACGAGCCGGUCCCGUUUCGUUGCAACCGUUGUCAUUUUGGAGGGCUUCGCCUAUUCCUUGGCGUGAGCAUGGCCCCGGUCUCCCUCCCUGCCCUACAAUCUGUAGAUCUUUGGGGGAAGUCAGACUAAGUCUAAAACUAGGAUAGAACUACCUAGACAUCGGGGUGCUUAUAAGUGAUCUCUUGUCACCACUUGUCAGCAUUCUUGAUAUCUUCUUCAUUUUCUGUAUCUGAGUUUUCAGCUCCAAAACAACUCAAGGCAGUCUUGUCUCACAUAGGACAAAAACACACGCUUCAUAUAACACCCACCCUAUACAUACAUACAUACAUAGCUACACCCAGUCAGAGUCUAUACUUGCAUACGCCCAAGAACUCUCGAAACAACCCAAACCCAAACUUCAACCUAGCAUGGUAGCCAUCAACACCGCCGUCGUCCGCACUUACCUCGAGAGCCGCUCUCCCCUCCCCAAGGGCGGUGGCGGUUCCAGCGGUGGCAGCCGCAGCAGCUCCUCGAGGUCGUCGUCCAGCAAGUCCUGGAGCAGCAACAACAAUAGGGCCAACCGCGGCUAUUACGGCGGCGGCGUUGCCGGAGGUAGUGGCGGUGGCGGCGGCACCCUGCCAGUCUGGGCCAUCGUGCUGAUCGUGGUCGGCGUGUUUGUGGCCAUCCUGCUGAUCGUCAUCUGCAUCGGCCGUCACAAGAAAAAGCGCAACGAGCGAAACGAACAGCUGAGGGAGGAGAACGAGGCCCUGAGGGGCAUCCCGUCCUCGCCCGUCGCCGGGGACUCGUAUACCCACGCCGACGACGACGGCUACCGCAACGACGCUGCCGCCGCGCCCAGCAUGAGCCACCGCAACUCGGAUCCCGACUCCAUCAUGCUGCUGCAGCCGGCCUCGGUUGCCCUCGCUUCCAACGCUGACUACUACGCCCCGCCGCCGCCAUCCUACGCGGCCGCGACCAAGAACAAGCCUCAGAGUUGACUAGCAGACCAGUCAAUGUCUGUUCCGCCUGCGGCGAUUGUCAGACGCUAGAGAUUGUAAAAACAAACAAAACCCUAAGCGCCGGCUGUUGGGCUCCGAUCAACCUCGGAGAUAAUCUGAUCCGCAGCCAUUUUGAUACCCCCGAUAUUGAUAAGAGACGGAGAUUGGAUAGUACUGACCAAGGAAUGGUUUGCUCGGGAAUCAGUACGACGCCCUGUCUCUUAAGCCGCAAUCAGAUGACGGCAUGAAGCAUGUAACUUUACUAUUUUUGUUGUAUAUAAUUAGACCUUGUAACAUUCUAUAGCGGACACCACGACUGUAAUGAUAAACUGUCAAUGCCACCGCUCGCGAUCAGCAUAGCCAUGCGAACCGAGAGCAUUAAAUACACAAACGUCGGGUGCAAAAGAAUAAAUGGC